CCAGUAGAAAUAGAUAUGAUUGUAGGAAAAGACCGGGAAGGUUUCUUUACCAACGGUUUGACUCUUGGUGCAAAGAAGUGUUCAGUGAUCAGAGAUAGUCUAUACGUUGAUGGUGACUGCACAAUGGAUAUCCGGACAAAGAGUCAAGGUGGGGAGCCAACAUACAAUGUUGCUGUUGGCAGAGCUGGUAGAGUCUUGGUCUUUGUAAUGGGAAAAGAAGGGGUCCAUGGAGGCGGAUUGAAUAAGAAGGCAUACUCAAUGGCAAAAUACUUGAGAGACUCUGGGUUCUAGCUGCUAGGCAGACUGUUAAGUAUUAGGGGAAAAUUGCUCUUAAAUUUUCCUAGCUGUAAGCUUAAGUCUUAAUUCUGGAAAUUUUAUUAGCAAUGCAGGGUGAUGGGAUAUGAACCUGUGUCUCCUUUGUAUCCCUCUGUUGGUGGGGAAAGGUGUCUUUCUUUCUGCUCCUUCCCCUUAAGUAAUUGUGUUCACUUUUGUUUUGUUUCCUUGUGUACUCCAGCAUUGGUUAUAGUCAUGGGAAAGGAAGGUGUCCACGGAGGCACACUUAACAAGAAAGCGUAUGAACUUGCUUUAUACCUGAGGAGGUCUGAGGUGUAAGCAGCCUCUCCCAUCUACCUACCAACUGUCUUCAUCACCACCCCAAUUACCGUCACAGUGCUACCAGAUUGUAGAUGGUAGCUAGUUUUCCUUUAACUGUUUUCUAAUGUCACAAUUCCCAAAGGGUCAUUUGUAUGUUAACCAGUGUGUGUAACCAACCUUUAUCUGGCAUCAUAAUUGCAGCACAAUAAUGAUUUGCAUGAUAUCUUGAAAUUGGGGAAGGGGGCAUGCCGAGUUGGGCAUCACUUUGUCUUAGCAAUUAAUGGGAUACUGAUUACUAAAAUAAGUUAAUAUUAAGCAAGGUGCCAGUUGUACAAUCUCUAAUUUGAUCAAUGUCUUUUCAGCACUUUGAGCAUUUACUUGGCUCAUUUAGUCUUCCUUUUGUAGCGCAUGGUUGGGAGGAAAAAGUGCAUGCAUCUUUACUUCACUCUUUUUUCAUCCCCUCCCUUUGAACAUGAGGUAUUUGGUUUGCUUCCAUUCUCUUUUGUGUAGUGCCUGGUUUAUUUAACCUAAUUAAUACCUCCUUUGUUGAUGAGCUAUUGAAAGCUGCAGUGAUUUGCUUUUAAUACUAUGAUUGCACUUGAGACAGACUAUUUGUAGUGUCUGUAGGAUAUGAAGAGUGCAACUGUCAAGAGCAAAGGCAUUUCCUCCCAUGACCUUACUACAGUAACCAUACUGAUCAAAUUCCCAGGGACAUUCUGUCAUUGCAGUAGCUCAGACUUCUUGUCUUUUCUUUGCACACCAGCUCUAUUCUUGAGUAAAAUUGUAAAAGGCUGCCAUUAUGGAUAUUAGGUAUCCCAACAUAACCAUCUGGAGUGUGUCCAGUUUAUUUUUCAUAGGACCAAUUUUUAUUUGCAGCUUAGGUUUUUAUAUGAAGUUGCAUUAUUGUGGACUUGGCUGUCUUGUGAUGUAUUUUUUUCAUAUGUAUUCUGUGCCAUACUAUUGUUAAAAUGAACUGUUGCUAUUGUGAGAUGGAUUUUCUUUCGAAUGGCACUUCUUUAGGGACAUUCUAGUAUUUGCUUCUAUUGUUUGGGCAUUGUGGAUAAUGUACAGAUUUAAAAACAAAUCUUGUUGCUGAUUUGUCCAUUUCUUUCCCUGCACUUUGUUACAUCUGGGAUACAGUCUAACUCAUCUGAUUUAAUAUGCAUUUAAAAAAAUGCCAUAACUAUUAAACACCUUGUUUACAGACAGAUGAAAUAAAUUUAUUCCAACCAAAUA